GACUUCGAGCGGCUGGAGCUCAAGGAGCUCAUCGGCGCCGGCGGCUUCGGGCAGGUGUACCGCGCCACCUGGCAGGGCCGGGAGGUGGCGGUGAAGGCGGCGCGCCGGGACCCGGAGCAGGACGCGGCGACGGCGGCCGAGAGCGUGCGGCGGGAGGCGAGGCUCUUCGCCAUGCUGCGGCACCCCAACAUCAUCGAGCUGCGCGGCGUGUGCCUGCAGCAGCCGCACCUCUGCCUGGUGCUGGAGUUCGCCCGCGGUGGAGCACUCAACCGCGCUCUGGCCGCAGCCAACGCCGCCCCGGACCCGCGCGCGCCCGGGCCGCGCCGCGCGCGCCGCAUCCCCCCGCACGUGCUGGUCAACUGGGCGGUGCAGAUCGCGCGGGGCAUGCUCUACCUGCACGAGGAGGCGGUCGUGUCCAUCCUGCACCGGGACCUCAAGUCCAGCAACAUUUUGCUGCUUGAGAAGAUAGAGCGUGAUGACUUCUGCAAUAAAACGUUGAAGAUUACAGAUUUCGGGUUGGCAAGAGAAUGGCACAGGACUACCAAGAUGAGCGCAGCGGGCACCUAUGCUUGGAUGGCGCCAGAAGUCAUCAAGUCUUCCUUGUUUUCUAAGGGAAGUGACAUCUGGAGCUACGGAGUCCUACUGUGGGAGCUGCUCACGGGAGAAGUCCCCUACCGUGGCAUCGAUGGGCUCGCCGUGGCUUAUGGGGUAGCAGUCAAUAAGCUCACUUUGCCCAUUCCAUCCACCUGCCCUGAGCCAUUUGCCAAGCUCAUGAAAGAGUGCUGGCAACAAGACCCUCACAUUCGUCCUUCAUUUGCCUUAAUUCUUGAACAACUGACAGCUAUUGAAGGGACGGUUAUGACCGAAAUGCCUCAAGAAUCUUUUCAUUCCAUGCAAGAUGACUGGAAGCUAGAAAUUCAACAAAUGUUUGAUGAACUGAGAACAAAGGAAAAGGAGCUGCGGUCCCGCGAGGAGGAACUGACCCGGGCUGCCCUCCAGCAGAAGUCCCAGGAGGCGCUGCUCCGGCGGCGGGAGCGGCAGCUCGCCGAGCGGGAGAUCGACGUGCUCGAGCGGGAGCUAAACAUUUUGAUAUUCCAGUUAAACCAGGAGAAGCCCAAUGUCAAGAAGAGGAAGGGAAAGUUCAGGAGAAGUCGGUUAAAGCUCAAAGAUGGCCAUCGAAUCAGUUUACCUUCAGAUUUCCAACAUAAAAUCACCGUCCAGGCCUCUCCCAACCUGGACAAACGGAAGAGUUUGAACAGCAACGGCUCAAGUCCACCCAGUAGCCCCACAGUGAUUCCUCGGCUCCGAGCAAUACAGCUGACUUCAGACGAAAGCAAUAAAACCUGGGGGCGGAACACGGUCUGCCGACAAGAAGAAUUUGAAGAUGUGAAAAAGAAUUUCAAGAAAAAAGGUUGUACCUGGGGACCCAAUUCAAUUCAAAUGAAAGAAAGAAGUGAUAGCAAAGAAAGAAUAAGACCUCUCUCAGAUGGUAACAGUCCUUGGUCAACUCUCUUAAUAAAGAAUCCGAAAAGCAUGCCAUUGGCUUCAUUAUUUGUGGACCAGCCAGGUGCUUCAGAAGAGCCAAGACUUUCCCCUGAUGGAUCAGAGCACAGAAAACCAAAGCAAAUAAAAUCGCCUAGUCAAGCCUACGUUGAUCUACCUCUUUGGAAAGAUGGCCAGAGAGAGAAUCCAGUGGAACCUGGAAGCUGGGAGGAGGGACCGUCUUUGAGCCCUGCUGCCGGCACGCCUCAGGUGACCCCUACAAAUAAUCGAAGCAGAUCCCCCCAGAGGAAGAAGACAGAGUCCGCUCUGUAUACCUGCACCAUGUUGCUGGCGUCAGUCGCUCUGGGGCUGGAUAUCAGAGAGCUCAAUAAAGCACAGGCUGCCGAAGAACUGUUGCCCAAAGAAGAAAAGAAGAAACGUGAGGGGAUCUUCCAGUGGGCUCCCAAGUCCCGAGGUGGGGCCAGUCCUUCCACAAGGCCACUGUCUACGGGCGAGAGGGCCAGCAGCCCACCCUUACUCCCUCCACCAAGCGCCAUGAGCCUUCUGUCCAUGCCCUCUCUUUCCACAAAGUGCUUGCUACAGACCGACAGUGAAGAGUUGUCCGAGGGCAGCUCACACAUUGCUUCGGACCCCGAGAUGCCCACUCCAGAUUAUUGCGUUGCCAUCGGAGGAUGUAGUCUUGAGCCAACCUCCAUGCCGAGACUUGAGACUGAUCAUAGUCGAUGGAAAAACCUGUCUCCUCCUUUCCUAGAGCAAACGUGGGGGAAUGUGCCUUAUUAUGCUUCUUCGAAAGAACGAGCAUCACAUCACAGACGAACCCUGUCCGAUGGAAAUGCUUUUCAGACCCCAACUGGUGCAACCCUCAGCUCAGCCCCCGGAGCCUCGGACCUGCCCCCGGAGCGGGCUCUGGGGAUGCCCCGGUGCUCCGCUGGUCCUCACGGUGACCGGCCAAGAGAGGCCCCGCCUGAAAAACAAAGAGCCGGCACCCCCGUGCCCCCGCCUCGCCUUGCGUCCUUCCGAAGCCGCACGGAGUCGCAGCCCGCCGCGCAGGCGCACUCUGCCGGGCGGAGUCCGGGACCCACCAGCGCUGGUCCCCCUGGGGCCCGGGACAGAACUACACCCCACGUGCCUUCCCUCCUGGACGCUGACGCCGAAGGCCAGAGCAGGGACGGCACGGUGCCUUUGUGCAGCAUGAAGAGCCGAGCUAGCCAACCGUCUGUGCAUCACCUGGAGAAGGAGUUUCUGUCUUAAGUGCCUUAUGUUGUUCGAGCAUUUCUUUGUUUAGUGUUUAAGGUGAACAAAUUAAAACAGCGUGUCUACCUUUGAACUGUUUCAUGCUGCUGUGUUUUCGAAAGCUGUGGCCAUGUUACUAAAGUAGUAAUGGAUGUCAACCUUCUCGGAAAAGUGUAUGUGAUUGCUGUUAGCUGUUGUUUUUUUUGCUACUGGAUUCUUACCUAGUAACUUGAAAUGCACACGCGUGUAAGACAAGAAACGUGCAGCAAUGUAAAGCUAUGCUGGGUAGAAUUACCUGAAGCAUAGUUGUAAUGCUUCAUUGGUUCUCAUUGACAUCCCCCAAAACCCAAAUCGGGAUGAGGUGCGCCAUGUUUGUCCCUCCCUUCAUUUUCUUCCCAUUUGCCUUUCCUUCCUUCUCUUUCUUUUUUUUUAUUUCUUUCUCUUUUUUUGUUAUUUGUGCAACAAAAAGCCAAGAAUAAUGUGAUAUAGUCACUAAAGGUAUCUAUUUAAAAAAAAUUAAAGACUAGAAUAGAUGGAGAGCCAAUGACACCCCUGAACUGAGCAGUAGGUUUGUCAUGCAUAGAGAUGUCCAGGUGUCACACGGAUUAUGCCUAUUUCUCUCUUUGAGGAAAUUUUGCUGAAUGUAACUUGUAAACGUUUUACUGAAUGUAACUUCUAAAAAUGUUACCCAUCAGAAUCCCAAAACAGAUUUUUAAAAGGUCAGUCAUGGGCAUUUGGCUAAAACCACAUUAUGUCCACCUGAGCGAGGCUAAUCUGUGGGUUCUUCCCAUAGAAAUGGUUCUUGUUUUAUCAGUAGCCACUUAUUUGGUAUCCAGACUAUAAAGCUUUUUCAUUUCGUAGUAGGAUUUUUAAAAAUUAAGUGACAUAUGUAUUCACGUAUUGUAAACAUUCAUGUCAUUUAAUUUUAUUUUUCUCUCUAUAAAUGUAUGGUUAUUUUAACAGUCCCAAAUACCAUUAGAGAGAAACACUGCCAAAUCAAGAAACGGCAACACUGUUAGAAUUUAAGUAUUUUGUAGUUAUCUUCAUGUUUUAGUAAAUUGUGGAUAAAAGUUAGACAUCUGCUAAGAUAAGCUGAUAUGGUGGAAAUGAGAAACAUGGUUUAUUUUCAGAUACGGGCUUUUAAAUGGAUUUAGGGUAGCAGAUCAGGAUUUUAAAUGAUUUUAUGAGUCAUUUUAUAAAAUCAUACCUCUAUGAUACAAAUAGACUACUGAGUUAUUAAACUACAGAAAUACUAUCCAGGAGCUUGUAAAUUUGUCUGGGUUCUUUGUUAAAUUCAUUAUGCUUCCCUUCUGUCACUAGAAUGUGGUUAUUUUGGAUGACAAUAAAUACUUAAAAUUUUGCACAUAAGGAAAAACCAAAUUAUAAAUAUCGCUUGACAUUUCAUUUAAAAUUUUACCUUGGUUAAGGUUUACUGAAUAACUGAAAUGUCAGCAAUUUAAAUCAGCUGUGAUAAAAUAUCUACCUAUAGCAGAAAAAAAGAAAAUGAUAUUAUUUGGCCACUAGAAACAUCAAGUGACUUGGCAGGUAUGCCCCAGAAGAUGGUGGACAGAGCAUGAAAGGAUUAUGUUAACAUAAGUGCAUUCUACCCCAAGGAAAACAAUCUUGGGUUUAAAAUUCUUGCAGCAAAAUCUCAGGUACUUAACUUUGUUUUGUCAUAUUAUGGUCCAUUCUCUGAUUUGGCUUCACUUUUGGGAGAUUGUUGAAGUACGAAAUCAAAAUUUUAUUUCCUCAAAACUGUAUCACAUUUGAAACUAUGGUUGGCUGCUUCAUUAUAUAUGCAGUCAUUUGAGGGCAUUAUUUCCUGCUAAAGGUAAAGGAAAUACAUGCCUAAAAUAGCACAUGAAAGAAGUAUAGAAACUCGCAGUUUCACUUCUGCCAAAACAUCGUUUGUGUGUGUGCGUGUGUGUGUGAGUGAGGGGUGGAGGGUAGUGGUGGGUCUUCAUCAGUCUCGUCCCUCUGCCCUGUUCCUGCUCCCAUGUAGCUUCAUUUUAGUCAACUCUACAUUAUGAUGAAUUUAGAAACGAAGCUACAUUAAAAAGAUAAUUGCGAUACAAGGAUUCAAUCUCACGUGAUGGCAAAUAGUUGUGUUUUGCUGAGAUCUGUUGUAUAUUUGCGAUUUUCUAUGUGUAUUAGUAUAUUUAGCAGAAUCUGGUUAUUUAUUAUCAUGUAGACUUACUAGCUCGUUGAAAGAAAAAUUAAGCUGAUUACUAUUAGUCAACGUUGAAGGUGCUCCCACUGCAGAAAUUUAAGGCCUGAGCCUGUUAUGCUGUAUUAUGAAGCCUUGUGACUGAAAAAGAUGUUUAUAUAUGUUGUCUAUUUUUUUAAUAAACUCUUUUUUUUAUAGCUAA